AAUGUUUACUUUGUGCUAUUUACAGAAGUAAGACGGCUGCCUUAACAGACAUCAGGAUUAGGACCAUGAAUGAAGUUAUAAGUGGUAUGAAGAUAAUAAAGAUGUAUGCCUGGGAAAAAUCUUUCGCUGAACUUGUGAAUGGUUUAAGAAGGAAGGAGAUUGCCAUGGUUAUGAAAAGCUCCUACCUUCGAGGACUGAACUUAGCCUCUUUCUUUGUGGCAAGCAAAAUAACAGUGUUCAUGACUUUCAUGGCAUACGUACUUCUCGGCAAUGUUAUAUCUGCAAGUCGAGUGUUUGUUGCAGUGUCCCUGUACGGUGCAGUAAGACUGACAGUAACUCUCUUCUUCCCUGCGGCUGUUGAGAGAGUGUCCGAGGCGGUGAUCAGCAUACGCCGAAUCAAGAAUUUUCUGAUACUUGAUGAGGUCACGCACUUGAAGCCACAACUGCAUGGCAAUAAUGAGAAUGCCAUUCUUCAUGUGCAGGAUUUGACUUGCUAUUGGGAUAAGAGUUCAGAAAGCCCAGCACUUCAACAAGUUUCAUUUACUGUCAGACGAGGGGAAUUGUUGGCUGUGAUUGGUCCUGUAGGAGCUGGAAAAUCUUCGCUCUUAAGUGCUGUGCUUGGUGAGCUACCUAAAGACAAAGGUUUGAUAAAUGUUACUGGAAGAAUUGCCUAUGUUUCUCAGCAGCCUUGGGUGUUUUCUGGUACCGUAAGAAGUAAUAUACUGUUUGACAAGGAAUAUGAGAAAGAAAAAUAUGAAAAAGUUUUAAAAGUCUGCGCUCUCAAAAAGGACUUGGAAUUAUUAGCAGAUGGUGACCUCACGGUCAUAGGAGAUCGUGGAGCUACGCUGAGCGGUGGACAGAAAGCCCGUGUAAAUCUGGCCAGAGCUGUGUAUCAAGAUGCAGACAUCUAUCUUUUGGAUGAUCCACUGAGUGCAGUAGAUGCUGAAGUUGGAAGACAUUUGUUUGAAAAAUGUAUUUGUCAGGCCUUACACCAGAAGAUCUCUGUUUUGGUCACUCAUCAGUUGCAGUAUCUCCGUGCUGCAAAUCAGAUUUUAAUUUUAAAAGAUGGUAAAAUGGUGGGGAAAGGUACCUAUUCAGAGUUCCUGAGAUCUGGCAUCGACUUUGCUUCCCUUUUGAAAAGAGAUGAGGAGGCAGAACAGCCGUCUGUUCCAGGAACUCCCAACCUGAAGUCUGCCCGGAGCCGAACCUUCUCGGAGUCCUCUGUCUGGUCCCAGGAUUCUUCUGUCCACUCACAGAAAGAUGGAGCAGUGGAACAACCACCUGCUGAAAAUGCACUGGCUGCAGUGCCAGAGGAGAGUCGUUCUGAGGGAAAAAUAAACUUUAAAGUUUACAGAAAAUACUUCACUGCAGGAGCAAACUACUUUGUGAUUUUUAUACUUAUAAUAUUCAAUAUUUUGGCACAGGUGGCAUAUGUGCUUCAGGACUGGUGGCUUUCUUACUGGGCAAAUCAUCAAGAAAAGUUGAAUGUUACAACAAAUGGAAAUAAUGGAGCAAAUGAGACAGAACAUCUAGAUCUUCACUUUUAUUUGGGAAUUUAUGCAGGAUUAACAGUGGCUACAAUACUGUUUGGCAUAAUAAGAAGUCUUCUGGUGUUUCAAGUUCUUGUUAAUUCUGGUCAGAAUUUGCACAACAAAAUGUUUCAAUCCAUUUUGAAAGCUCCCGUCUUGUUUUUUGACAGAAAUCCUAUAG